AUGACACUUUCGAUUUUCGGUGUUCAAACACUGCCAUCCCGUUUACAUCUCGCUAUUUCUCCGACAAAGCAGGUUCAGUGUCUUGAAAAACCCUUGGAAUCAUCAAAAAGCAGCUCGAGUUCUAUAGCCCACGACUCUUAUGACAGUACCCUUGCUGUUCAAGGUCAUCCAUUAUCAACAUGGCGACUGCUGUUCGCGCAUAUCGGUGCCGCGAUGACCCUGUUUCUUGCUACAACUGACUCGACUAUCGUAUCAACCAGCUUGCCAACAAUUACUAAUGAUCUUCGAGCUUCGCAAAGCCAAUACACCUGGGUUGGUGUCGCAUAUAUGCUCACUCAGACGGCUUGCCAGCCGUUAUAUGGAAGAAUAUCUGAUUUGGUUGGCCGAAAGAACCUUUUAUACUCGAGCAUGAUUAUAUUUGCAACGGGAUCUUUACUCUGUGGCGUGGCAAAGUCAAUAUUGUGGCUUAUAAUUGCACGGGGUGUGGCUGGCUUGGGCGGGGGAGGAAUUGUUAGUUCGGUUUGGGUUAUCACCUCAGAAAUCGUCGAGCCACAAAAUAGAGCCAAGUGGUCGCAAGCUCUCAGUGUCACCUGGAGUUGUUCCGCUAUUGCAGGGCCUUUGUUAGGAGGGUUUUUCAGCAGUAGCUCAUCAACGAUUAGUUGGAGAUGGGCUUUCUAUCUUAAUUUACCUGUUUGUCUGGUUGCAUUUGUUAUCCUUUCCAUGUCACUACGGCAUGUUCCACUCGGGCGCGCUGACGACGCUUCCUGGAGAUCUUUUGGGCAGAGAUUUGAUUUUAUUGGACUGCUGUUGUUCAUGGCUGGUACCAGCAGUGUGGUUGUUGGAUUUAGCUUCGCGGAGACUAAUGGCUGGACGUCCGUUUCCACGCUACUAUUAAUCACAUUGGGGCCAGCUGUCCUCAUCGCUGGAGGCCUUUAUGAGGUGUUCACAACUCGCGAUGCUUUGUUUCCGGCGACAAUCUUCCGCCAGUUCUCUAUCAUUGCAAUACUCGUUGUUACCUUUUUGCAUAACUUUGCAUUCACUGCUGGGACUUUCUAUUUGGCGCUAUAUUAUCAGCUCGUCAACGGUGCAACGCCUCUUCAAGCUGGUGUACAAAUGCUACCAUAUUCUUUGGGCUCAUCUUUGGCUUCUGUUCCUGCAGCUUGGUUCAUUGGUUUUUGCCAAAAGCGAACGAAGGAUACCAGUGGCCAAAAGUGGAUAACAUGCGGUGGAUUGAUAAUAUCGACCCUAGGUUUUGGUCUUAUGAACCUCCUUCAUGAGCGUUCAUCUCACGUUUCUCAGGCUGUAUAUCCCCUUAUAUCUGGAGUCGGAUUGGGAAUGCUCUUUCACGCGCCCUAUCAAAUUUUUACUCGAGCUCUGAAACCUUCAGAACUCGCAACAGGAACAAGUGCGUUCUUCCUUGUCAGAUUCACAGGCGCCACAGUUGGUUUAGCAGUGGCGGGUAAUAUCUUCUACGGCCACCUUUCGCACGGUAUCUCGAGCAACUACGUUUCAAGCUCGACCAUUGAUUGGAAGCCUUCAAGCUCCGCUGAGCCUCUCAGAUCGGAAGUUUUACAUGGUGUAUCACUAGCCAUCCAGGCCAUCUGGACGCUUUCCGUAUUCCUGAAGCGUGUGCCUGUGGAAGAAGCAGUCGAUCUCGCAUACGACUUAGAUAAAAGCUCUACUGACUCCACGCCUGUCAAUUAG